AUGGCAGUAGUGCAACAUUAAGGAUGCAAGUGGUUAAACCUAGCUAGCUAGCUAAAGAAGAAGAAAAAAAUCAUGUUCCUUUGGUCCAGGCGCAGAGGCUCUAUUUACAGCAUCGCAAUGGACACCGGCCCAGUAAUAUUAGGUGCACUAGGUCAGUGACUUUGCCUGAUGUCAUCUAAAUCAAAGGCCCAGUUGGCCCCCCUGCCAUGGAUAGAGAUCCUUGCAUAUUGGGUGCUGUCCUUUGGCUCUCAUUUGUACUCUUUCUACCAACUGCACAGGUUCUCUAAAGAGCACGAAGCAGGAUUAGAGAGACAAUUCCUGUUGGGAAAAGGCCUUGUUACAGGUUUUAAAAGGGACCUAUCAGACUUUGAGUGGACUUUCUGGACAGAAUGGGCUAAGAAGUCUUUGCUGUGGACUCUGAUUGGUCAUGGCUUGAUAUCGAGAUUGACCAGCAUCUUUUACCCCAAGUUUAGGGUGCCAGCACUCACGACAUAUGGCCUCUUAGCAGCCAGCAAUGUGUUGGGGAUUAAAGGCGUGAGUGUGCUGCUGAUACAUCUGGGCCUGUCCUUUUCAGUGGCCCAACUGCGAAAGCCCGCUCUGUCAUGGGCCUGCAACCUGCUGCUGCUCUCCACACUUCACAUCCAACCACUACAAGAGAUCCAGAGAGGCUGGUAUAAGACCGAGGAGGAGUACUAUCUGCUACUGUUCAGUGUUGCUGUCUGUGGUCUACGCUUCAUCAGCUUCAGCCUGGAGCAUUGCUGGUGCCCUCCAGACCAUGGUGGAGUUGUGCAGCUCUGUUGGUUGUUUUCAUACACCUUCUAUCAUCCUUUUUUCUACAAUGGCCCCAUCAUCACGUACAAGGAGUAUGUUGAGCAGAUGCGGAGGCCUGCUGAGGAGUGUUACAGGGAUGAAUCUGUUUUUAGUUACUCGGUGCUCAGAUCAGGACGGAUCAUAUUGUGGUGGUGCAUCGCAGAAUACAUGAUCCAUGUAAUGUACAUGCACUCCAUCCAGUCUAAUGAGACCUACUUAGAAAUCCUUCCUCCAUGGGCCUUGGGCGGUCUGGCCCUGGCCCUCGUCCAGUUCUUCUUUGUGAAGUAUCUGGUGCUGUUUGGCCUUUCAUCCAUGCUGGCUACUUUAGAUAAACUAGUCCCCCCAAAGCUUCCUCGUUGUGUCAGCAUCAUGUACAGUUUCACAGGGAUGUGGAGGCACUUUGACGAGGGCCUGUAUCGAUGGCUCAUCAGAUACAUCUAUGUGCCGUUGGGAGGUUCACACCAUGGUCCUCUUUACAAAAUAUUAUCCACUGGCCUUGCAUUUGGAUUUGUAUGCCUCUGGCACGGUGGACAUGACUACUUGCAGUACUGGGCCCUGAUGAAUUGGGCUGGAGUUCUGGUGGAAAAUGGACUGAAGUCUUUCUUUGCCUCGUCUUUUAUUCACUCCAUUGUUGAGCAGAAUUUAUCUGUGGCGAUGGAAAGGCGUUGUGUUGCCCUUCUCUCUGCCUUCUCUACUGCCAUGCUCAUCCUCUCUAAUCUGGUUUUCCUCGGGGGGGUACAUGUUGGCAGAAUCUUCUGGAAGCGUGUCUUCAUUCAAGGCUGGUCCACCAUGGCCCCGCCUAUGCUGGCUUUCCUCUACUGCUUUGCUCAGAUUGGACUUGAGUGGACUUCUCACCCACCAUGAGUCACCUUGACUUUGUAUCGACGCGAGAAUCCCUGCUACCAGACAACCAGCACAACCUGCUGAGUCCAAUGCCUUGUCUUUACCAGCCAGAGUCUCUGUGGCGAACCUGGCUCACAGCCACAGAACCCGUCCAAAACCUGGCUGAAGUGCAGCUGAGCAGCCACUUUACACAACCUGCAAGACUGGGCAAAAUCUGUCUGUAAGCUGAGACUUAAAGGAUCAGUGCUGAUUCUCUCUAAGGAGAGAGUUUCCUACUUUGUGAAAAGUGCACACAAGCUGUAAUAGAAUGAUAUUCAGGGCAGUGUCUAAUAGGGACCUCUGCAGUGUUUUCUACCCAAUAAGCUACACGGAAUCACUGUUAUUCUAAGAAACUGUAAAAGAAAAUAUGGACCCUGAAUCUGUCUUGGUUUUAUGACUCUGAUAUGGUAUUGCUCAGUGGUGCGGUAAGCCGGAGAAAUGCUAAUUCUAUAUUUACAUCCUCCUUUAGCUCACCACAAACACAUUUAUGUUUUCAGAGGUAGACAAAAGGCCCAGAAGACUGAAUAAAGCAGCAGGAACCUGAUCAAUGUCAUUAUUUCCCCUACAAAUGCAAUUUGGCUGAGGUAGAAUGACACUUAAUAUUAGUAGAUGUAGUGAUAAAAAGCUUUAGCAGAACUACACACUAACUUUUCAUUCAGCAAAGUAACAAUGAUAGAUGACAUUUAUCCAUCGGAAUGCAGGGGGAAGCUAUUUUUUGAGCAAGAAUGUUAAAACAAGCUGUUUGUUUUGUGUGUUGUAAUACAAUGGCUCAUAUUUCCAAAAUGUCAACUGUACAAUACCUCAGUCUACGUUUGGAUUAAAACCUUGUAUUUCAUGUUUCCUGAUUUUAAAUAUCCAUUCAUGUUAUAAUGGAUAACCACACUGUACCUGAUGCAAGGCAUAAUUGACAGUUUCACUGUUCAACUCGUAUGUAUGUCCUGAUACAUACAAGUCAGGAGUGUUUGGGUUAUGUUGAAGGGGUUAACUUGCUACACCGCAGACUGAGAUCAUAGACUUAUAAAACUUUUUUCUACUUUUGAAACAAGUUUUAUGAGUAUUAUUUAAAGGAUAACACUUGUGUAAUUCAACAUUUUUCUUCAAAUCCUGUGAAAAGACCAAAACCAACAUGUUUGUCUGUUUCUGAAUAAUUUCCGACUUCCCUACCCUGUCGGUGGCACUCUGCCCUCAGUCUCAGUUUUUAGCAAACGUUACUAAAACAAUAGUCAAUAAUGUAUUUUCAGCUGCAGAUUGAUACAUACAGUAUUCGGGGGACUUAUGUAGGACAGUUUUAUGUGAGAUCAACACAAAAUAAUCAUACUUAUGAAGGAACAUGUCAGCCAGUCGACAUGUCGAUUCAUCGUUUUUCAACGUUUUUUUUUUUUAAGCAAAAAUGCAGAAUCUUUUGUGGUUCAAGCUUCUCACAUGUAACGAUAUUCUGCUUUUCUCUACUUUGCAUCAUUGUAAACUGAAUAUCUUGGGGUUUGGACUGUUUGUUGGACCAAAACAAGACAUCUGAUGACCUCACCUUGGAGUCUGAAAAAAUGUUGACUUACUGUAUUCUGGCAUUUUAUAUCCCAAACAAUCCAUGAAUCGAGAACAUAAUAGGCUGAUGAAUGGAUAAUGACAAUCAUUGUUAUUUGCAGCUCUAUUUAGUGUCAUCAGGUUGAGGCUGUCCCACAUGAAUGAUGAGUUGACCUGAUGUAAUGGGAGAAAAAGCUUUAUCUUUUAACUAAAGUUUGACCAAUAAGCCGCAGUUUAGUCUCACACCAAAAGAACAUUACAAACGGCUCUUUGGUGAUAAGUUUCCAAUCUCAAAAGUGUUUGCAUUUACAUUUAAGAUUACAAUGAAUAGUUCACUUUGUAAUCCAGUAGGAGAUGACUAGUUUGUCACCAGUUUCUAAAGACAAACUUCAUGUUCCAGGAAGUAACAUGAAGCUGCUUUAAAAGCUUAUCUGUGCUUAUUUGUCUUUUGAGCUUAAAAGUGUGAUGUGGCAGAAACAAUCUGAUCCUCUGACUAUUCACUGUGCACAGCAAUGAAAGCAACCAGCUUCAGGGUAUGGUUUCCAAGGGGAUUAGUUUAAGAAUGAGUGGAUUUUAAAUCAGAGGUGUCAUCGCUGACUGAUUCCUCAUUAACAUGAAACUCUCAUGUUGCCUUUGGUCUUCUGGUUGUUUAUUAUUGCGCCACAACAAUUGACUGUUCCCAAGGUUUGUAUGUUCAGGUUCUCAGUGAACUGUCUUACCUGUACAGGUCUGUAAUUUGUCAAUCAAGGUACAGUAUAAUCAACAGUCUUAUAAUAAAAUAACAGCGUAAUCUAUA